GGACUUCUCUCUUGAUGAACAGAGAGUUGGCGGAUGACAUGUUCUGCUGAGAAAUGGCGCUCCUUGGUUUCUGUUGCUGCUUCGUUCUUGUCUAUCUUCUGAUCGUUUUGAUCAGCUUCAUCGUCGAUCACGCUUUCAGAGAUAGGAGAGGAGGAGCUUCGCAGAGAGAUGAGCGCAAAGGUCUGCCUGAAUCCUUGGGGGAGAAAGAGGAAUCGUGCGUCAGGUUUAAGUUCCAGCAUCAGAUAUCGAAUUACCAGAGAGGCAAUUGCGAUGAGGAACCAGAAGCUGCGUUACCUGUUGAUGGAGGAGAUGAGUCUUCUCACGGCUUCUCGUCCGAGAAAGACUUCCGCGGGUUCAUGGAAGAGCCGAAAGCCACAACCUCUUGUACCGAGCUCGAUUCAGGAGAAGCAGCAGCAGCUGCUGCCGAUGAUGAUGCCGUGCACAAUGCCAGCGAUUCGAUCGAGAUCAAGGACAAGAUAUUGCCGAGAAAUUAUGAGGUCGUGGAAGAGAAUGGAGCAUGUUCUUUGUCGGAGGAAUUCUCCGGCUUCGAUUCGGAGACCGACUCCAUUAGCAUGAGCGAUGGUUACUCGGUGCACGACCUCGUCGUGGACUCAGAUGGUUUCUUGUCCGAGAGAGACUUCGAUGGAGAAGAAGAACAGCUGCGGAAGAGUCUGAACCAAGAAGAAGAAGAAGAAGAAGAAGAAGAAGAAGAAGAAGAAGAAGAAGAAGAAGAAGAAGAAGAAGAAGAAGAAGAAGAAGAAGCUGAUGACAGGCUUCAAGAAACAACGAAUCUGCCAUGUUCUCAUGCACCCCAAAUCGAGUUCACCGAUUCCAGCGACGACGAUCUUGAUUCGACGAGCAGAGGUUGCAGUCCUAUGAAGAGCCCUGAGGAAGUCCUCGAUGCAGAAGAGGCAGGAGACGGGUCGGAUGCUGCUGCUGAUAAGUCGGAGAAGAAGAAUCAGUUCAAGGUGUCAGACGACGAGGAGUACGGCGAGCUGGAGCUGCUCUGGGAGCACCAGGACCUGAUAGAACAGCUGAGGAUGGAGCUGAGGAGAGCGAGGGACAUCGGUCUGCCGACGAUUCUGGAGGAGUCAGAGAGUCCCCGAACAGUGGAGGAUCUGAAGCCAUUAAAGAUGGACGAGAGCUUCCUUCACGAGGAUCCACUGGACGAGCUGCACAGGGCUUACAGGAGCUACAGGGAGAGGAUGAGGAAGUUCGACAUCCUCAACUACCAGAAAAUGUACGCAAUAGGUUUCCUGCAGGUGAAGGAUCCUCUCAGAUCACUGGGACCUCGAAAGACAUUAGCCUUAGCAAUCUCAUCCAUCCUCUCCCAAAGCUUCUGGUCGAUUCGUCGAAAACCCAGCUCCGAACCUUCAGACAAGUUCAUCAAGGAGCUUCAGAGUGACCUGGAAGUGGUGUACGUUGGCCAGACAUGCCUGUCAUGGGAGUUCUUGAGAUGGCAGUACGAGAAAGCUCGGGAAUUGCCGGAAUCCGAUCCAUACCGAAGCCACCACUUCAAUCAAGUGGCAGGAGAAUUCCAACAGUUCCAAGUGGUCAUCCAGAGAUUCGUCGAGAACGAAACAUUUCAAGGGCCGAGGCUGCCAAACUACAUCAGAAACCGAUGCGUUCUCCGAAAUCUUCUCCAAGUUCCUUUGAUCAGAGAGGAUGGAGCGAGAGAGAAGAUGGAGGAUCACCACAAGGGAUGCUAUGACAUCACAAGUGAGAUGAUAGAAGAUGCCAUGGAGGAAUCCAUCAGGAUCUUCUGGGAAUUUGUCAAGGCAGACAAGGAUGAAACCCCAGGUAUUCUGAAAGGGUUCAUGGGAGCUCAUGUCGACCUGCAAGACCCAUCAGACUUUGACCUCAUGGAAGACAUCCAAUCCGAUCUCCGCAAGGUGGUGCAUGCUUCUCCAGUUCUUCAACUGUCUCUACUCUUCUCCUGUAAUCUCCUCUUGUUUGGUGCAGAAAGAGAAGAAGCUCAAAGACAUUGUAAGAACUGGCAACUGCAUAGUCAAGAAGUUCAAAAGGCCAAAGGAAGAUCGAUCAAAUCAGGACCUUUUCUUCUCCCAAGUAGACCUGAAGCUGGUGGCAAGAGUGCUGAGAAUGUCUACAAUCACAACCGAUCAAUUGGUGUGGUGCCACAAGAAACUGAGCAAGAUUAGGCUGGUGGAGAGAAAGAUCUACAGGGAGCCUUCCUUCUUGCUAUUCCCAUGUUGAUCUACACAGAAAGAUUCAUUAAAAUUCUUUCUUACAGCAUCAAUUUCUGUACGAAAAUUGGUGUGUUCUCCACACAUUGUUAGGCAAGAUGUCACCUUCAACAAAUGUGAAUCCAAAACCUGAAUUGGUCAACAACAACAA